CUCGAUCGACCAAUGCGAUUACAUCGCCCGCGACGCACGAUAUCCAAUGAGCGUGCUGCGACGAGUGCAAGGUUAUGUUCGUUGGAUAUCGUGUGUCGCGCGCAAUUGACGUGAUCGUGCGUGAUCAUGCUUGGCUGCCGAGGUCAUAUCACAGCAUACUGCAGCCGUGUUUCGUGUCUGGCAUCACUGCUGGGAGUGCUGAGUCGUGCUAUUUAAUAAAGUCAGCAAUCAAUUAUCGAAAAUGAGUGAAAGUCCACCGUAUCGUAGAAAUGCGCAGAAGAAAUUUAUCAAGGAUUUAAUUCGCCAAAGUAAGAAUGAAGCAAAUCUGGCUGAUUUAAGAAGACGAAUAACCGCGGUCUACGAAGCAGAAACUUCGUCCGAUGAUAAUGAAGAAAUUCAUAUGCCUAUUCCAGAGAUCAACAAUGAAGAUAUUCCUUCAGAAACAAAUAGGUCUGAAUUAUCAGGAAUAUUAUCAGCAGGAUCUGAGGCAUCUAAUAAUAGUCUUUUUGAAAAUGAAAACACUAUAAAUGGUAGUGAUGUUGAUAGUGAAUUACAUUUCGAAGAUGAGAACAGCGACAGUGAUGGAAUUGCUGAAAUGGAUGAUGUUAAUAACAGAUGUAGUGAUCAUGAAGAUAAUGACUUAAUGAUUCAAUUUGAAAAUGAUGAAGACAGAAGUUUUUAUGCUUUAGCAACAUUGAGAGAGUGGGCUCUUGAAGGAGGUGUGUUAUCCAUGAAGAAGUUGAAUAAUUUACUCCUUAGAUUGAGGGUAUUGUUUCCUAAUUUACCCAAAAGUUACAAAACCUUACUCCAAACGCCUCCAAUCUUAGGUGUUCAACAGCUACCUGAUGGAUCACAACUGUGGUACAAGGUUCUACUAUUUGAAGAGUUUGGCUUUGGGAAAUAAUGAAAAAACUGCAACGUCAAAACUUAUGACUCAAUUGAUGACCAAUUCCUUAGCUGUACAUUUUCAUUUUGAUGGUCAUAAUCCUCAGAAAGCUAUGGCAGUUAAGGGUCGAUUCAGACACAGCCGUGCCGUAUCCGUACCGUGCACGAAACAGAACAUCAGACAAGGAUACCUAUUGUCUCCAUCCUUGUCUAAUGUUGUCUCCAUCCUUGUCUGAUGUUUCUGUUUCGUGCACGGUACGGAUACGGCACG